UUUGUUUUCCUUACACUCUUUCGCUAGUUAAAAAGAUUCCAAGAGAAAGAGAGAGUGAGAGAGAGAAUGUCUGGAGAAGGAACAGAGAGGAAGAACAAAUCUGCAGUUUCUGCAAGAUCUCACACCGGAAACACUCAAGAAAGAUCUUCGUCUGGUUUCGUCAAGACAAUUCUCCUGGUAUCCUUCGUCGGAGCUUUGGCAUGGGUUUAUCAAUCAAUCCAACCACCACCGCCGAAAAUCGUCGGCUCUCCCGGCGGAGCCGCCGUGACAGCUCCGAGGAUCAAAUUGAGAGACGGGAGACAUCUGGCUUACAAGGAAGUUGGAUUUCCUAGAGACGAAGCCAAAUUCAAGAUCAUAUAUAUCCACGGCUUCGAUUCUUGUAUGCACGACUCGCCUUUCCCCCAUUUCUUAUCGCCGGCUCUUGUGGAGGAACUGAGGAUAUACACAGUGUCUUUUGACCGUCCUGGUUAUGGAGAGAGUGAUCCGGAUCCGAAUCGGUCACCGAGAAGCAUAGCAUUGGAUAUAGAAGAACUGGCUGAUGGGUUAGGAUUAGGACCUAACUUCUAUGUCUUUGGUCUCUCCAUGGGUGGUGAAAUCACAUGGGCUUGCCUUAAGUACAUUCCUCACAGGUUAGCAGGAGUGGCGCUGGUGGCACCGGCGAUUAACUAUUGGUGGAGAAACUUGCCGGAGGACAUAACAAGAGAAGUUUUCUCUGUAAUGUUACCUGCAGAUCAAUGGGCUCUUCGAGUAGCUCACUAUGCUCCUUGGCUUACGUAUUGGUGGAACACUCAGAAAUGGUUCCCGAUCUCCAAUGUGAUCGCAGGUAACCUCGUGAUAUUCUCCCGUCAGGACAUGGAGGUCUUGUCUAAGCUCGGAUUCGUCAAUCCAAAUCGGGCAUACACAAGGCAACAGGGUGAAUUCGAAAGCUUACACCGAGAUUUGAAUGUUGGAUUUUCAAGCUGGGAAUUCGAUCCGUUAGAGCUUCAAGAUCCGUUCCCAAACAACAAUGGCUCUGUUCACCUUUGGAAUGGCGACGAGGAUAAGCUUGUGCCGGUGAAGAUUCAGCGUUAUAUUGCAUCAAAGCUUCCAUGGAUUCGUUACCAUGAAGUUUCUGGAUCAGGACAUUUGUUACCUUUUGUGGAAGGUAUGACAGAUAAGAUCAUCAAGUCCAUUUUGGUUGGGAAGAAGAAGUAAGUGAGAGUAGAGGAGAAGUUUCUGAUUGAGUUAGUGUGGAUUCUAUUUUCUAUGAAUGAGUAAUUACUUGUAUUAAUGAUUGACGAUUUAUUUUUAUAAUGGAUUCAAAACUUUUUUUUUUAA